AUGAGGCCAAAACUUCCAAAAACUAUUUCAGCAUGGCAGCUGAUGAGCUUUUUACCGCCUGGUGCAGCAGACAUCACAUCUGAAUUACACUUCACAAGGACUAGACGUAUGCCCAAUAUAACUCGUCCAGACCAAUUACUUAUUAAGGUUAAAGCGGCAUCGUUAAAUCCUGUUGAUUCUUUGCUUGUCUAUGGUUAUGGUUCUUCUAGCUUUAAUUUAUUACGUCGCUUUACAUCAAACUAUGGUUGCUUUGGUCUACCUGAUGCCACAACAGCAGAAAAUGCUGACUUUCCUUUUACACCUGGUCGUGAUUUUUCUGGUCAAAUAGUUGACAUCGGUUCAGAAGUUGCUUUAUCUAACCUAACCAGGCAAAAUAAACUUAUUAUUGGUACAAAUGUGGCUGGUGCUACAUGGCCUUUCCUCAGUACUACUGGAUCUGGUUCAUUAGCUGAAUAUAUUGUCUGUCCAGCCGAUUAUGUCGCUCCAUUACCUAGUAAUGUUUCUUUCAUAUCUGCAGCUGCAUUAGGAUAUGCUGGUUUAACUGCAUGGUCAGCUUUAGUUGAUGCUGGUGGAAUCGACCCUGUUAGUAAGUCAUCACCAUCAGCUUGUUCAAUUCUUAUAACUGGCGCCACUGGUGGUGUUGGCUUUAUUGCAGCACAAUUGGCUAAACGUUGGGGUUGGAAAGUUCAUGUCACAUGUCCAAGUGAUAAAAAGGCAUUAGAUUUAAUGAAUGUUUUACAAGUUGAUGAAAUAUUUCCACAUCCAUCAAAUAUUCAAACAACAAUGAAAUAUGAUUUAAUUCUUGAUUGUAUUCGACCGGAUUAUUUGAAUACAACAACUUCAUUCAGCACAUUAUCAUCACCAUCAUCAUCAUCAUCAUCGAAUACACACUUGAAACAAUAUAAUUUAAUUGAUCAUUUAUUACCUCAACUACCAUCUAUGUUAACUUAUUUAAAUACAUCAUCAAAUCGUACACGUUAUAUUAUGCUUAAUCCACCAUUAUUAUAUUUAAAUGAUUAUUAUGGACCAUUGAUUGGUAGUGGAAUAGCAUAUUCACAAUUAUUGUAUAGUAAUAUUGCAGCAUUAUUCUCUAACAAUAAUGUUUAUAAUACUAAUUUAAAUAAAAUACGUUGGGUAUUUUUUAAACCAAAUAAUAAAGUAUUAAAUUAUCUUUUAAAUUUAGUUUCAAAUAAACAAUUAAUAAUACCAGUGGAUACUGUUUAUCAAUUUAAUCAUGUACCAGAUGCAUUUCAUAGAUUGUAUACUAAAGGAAAACGUGGUAAACUUGUAAUUGAAGUGAAUAAUUAA